CACUGAUAUAGGGCGAACCACCCUGUGGGCGGAGCGCUGAAAACUGCUUCACACUAAAAUAAUAGUGAGAUCUGUUUCUGUUCAUUCUCCCAAAAGUCGAAGACAGAGAGAGAUGGGUAUCUUCUACUCCAUCCCUGAAGGUCCUCCACUGAGGAUUGUGAUGAUCGGGAAAACUGGAGUUGGGAAGAGUGCCGUCGGUAACACCAUCGUGGGUAAAAAGGUUUUCAAGUCUUCGGUGAGUGCGCAGUCUGUGACGGAGAACUGCUCAAAUGAACGGGUCAACAGUCGCAGAAAGAUCCACGUGGUCGAUACACCCGGGAUUCUGGAUACGUCUAAAGGUGCAGGCAGCAUAAAGAACGAGAUUGCAAAAUGCAUCCAGAUGUCCUCUCCCGGCCCUCACGUCUUUCUGCUGGUCAUGCAGAUUGGAAGGUUCACCAAAGAAGAAGAAAACUGCGUGGAAGCCCUGGAGAAAAUCUUCGGACCCGAGGCGUCUAAGUACAUGAUCGUUCUGUUCACACGUGGAGAUGAGCUGCUGGGCAGAACUAUUCAGGAGUAUGUGCAAGACGGCCACCCGAAACUUCGAGAGGUGAUAAACAGGUGUGGUAACCGGUACCACGUCUUCAAUAACAAGAAAAGGAGGAACAGAACUCAAGUGGUUCAGCUGAUCAAGAGGAUCGACGAGAUGGUUGCGGCAAAUGGAGGAAAACACUUCAGUGAUGAAAUGUAUGUGGAAGCGGAGCAGACUAUGAAGCAGAGGACGGACAGAGACACAACAGAACAGGUUGUCUUCCCCUUCAUGACUGAACUUUUACAGAGGGUCAUUCUGUUUCAGGCCAUACUGGCUGCUGUCUCACAAGACAACACCAACAACAUGGACUCCAACACCAGGCCUACUGUCUGAUAGAAACAGCCUUAAGUCCCUUUCCAGAUUUCUGCUCAUUCAUCUCAUAGAGAACACCUCAAUGAGUUUAAAAUGUGGGUGUGAAUUUAGCUUUUUUGUAAAACCAGUCAAAGUGGCUGUUUUUAUCACACAUGUUUAAUGCAAAUAAAUUGUAGAGAACUGCAAUUGCAAUUGUAAUCAAACACUAAAACAAUUGAUUGGUCAUUGACUUUUGGCGGGUGUAUUGCUGGGGACCCCAUGGAGAGCUUUGUCGAAUUUGGUGCAAUUUGGAUGUGACACGUUCAAUAUUAAUAAACUUUGAAUAAACAAGCAACCAGCGCUCUGUGUACUUCUUGAACCACUGCUUACAGUAUAUAGGUCGCACAAUAUAAAAUUAAUAUGGGAUACCAAAUCUACAAAGAUAAUUUAACUUGUACUGUGUAAAUUGUCUGUAAGUCCAUCCCUUUGAUGGCUGCUCCUGAGAUUUUACAGUUCUGACAGUAUCCUCUGUCUUGCUUGGCCAAUAGCAUUGACCAUUGUUGAACCAUGCAGCAGGGACCACCACAACUUCACUGGUUAUAACUAUAUUAAACAUGUUUGAGCAUCUUUUGUUUUGCUGCAGCUUCUAUGCAGAGUAACUGGAACAUUCAGGUAGAUCAAACAGAAACCCUUACAAUGAACACAUAACACUUAUUGGGUUCAAGCGUAUAAGGAUCCUUGACUCGAGGAGGAGUAUAAUGUGUGAAAAUAAACCUCUACAUGUAAAAGUCCACUCCAAAUUUUUGUUU